UCCCACCAACCAACUCAUUUCUCUCCUUUGAUACCUACCGUCUACUCAAGACUUCCCACCUACUUCUCUGCAACCAAACUAAAAAACAAGACAUCUGCAAGAAUUGGGUAGCAAGAGAAAUGGCAACUUCAACUUCACAGCCUCAGGUCAUUAAAUGCAAAGCUGCGGUUGCAUGGAGAGCUGGGGAGGCAAUGGUGAUAGAGGAGGUGGAAGUGAGUCCUCCUCAGCCUAUGGAGAUUAGAGUCAAGGUGGUUGCCACUGCCCUGUGCCGCAGUGAUUUCAAUGCUUGGCUUUCUCAGGCAACCCUUCAUCUAUUUCCUCGGAUAUUCGGGCAUGAAGCAUCAGGGAUCGUUGAAAGUGUUGGAGAAGGAGUAACUGAAUUCGCAAAGGGGGAUCAUGUGCUUACCUUAUUUACUGGGGAAUGCAUGAGUUGCAAACAAUGCACUUCGGAGAAAGGCAACAUCUGCCAAGUACUGGGUCUGGAACGGAAGGGGGUAAUGCAUAGUGACCAGAAAACGCGAUUCUUUAUUGAAGGGAAACCGGUAUACCAUUAUUGUGCAGUUUCUAGUUUCAGUGAAUAUACAGUUGUGCACUCUGGAUGUGCUGUUAAAGUUGACCCCAAAGCACCAUUGGAGAAAAUAUGUCUGUUAAGUUGCGGAGUUGCAGCAGGUCUAGGUGCUGCCUGGAAGGUUGCUGAUAUAACUAAAGGAUCAACAGUUGUAAUCUUCGGUUUAGGAACUUUAGGCCUUUCGGUGGCCCAAGGAGCUAGAAAAAGGGGAGCAUCCCGGAUAGUUGGUGUGGAAACUAAUCCUGAGAAGAGCGUCAAAGCGAAGGCUUUUGGAGUUACUGACUUCAUAAAUCCGAAUGAUUAUAAUGAACCUAUUGAACAGGUUGUGAAGCGAAUUACUGAUGGGGGAGCAGACUAUUCCUUUGAAUGUGUAGGAGAGACAGCAGUGAUAAACACAGCUUUACAGUCUUGUUGUGAUGGCUGGGGUCUGACUGUUACACUUGGUGUCCCAAAAUCAAAUCCAGAAGUGAAAGCUCACUUUUCGUCGUUCCUGUCUGGAAAAACAUUGAAAGGGUCUAUGCUUGGUGGAUGGAAACCAAAAUCGGAUAUUCCGUCAUUGAUUGAGAUGUAUCUAAAUCAGGAAAUCCUGGUUGACGAGUACAUUUCUCAUAAUAUGCCAUUGGAAAACAUCAAUCAAGCUUUUGAUCUUAUGAAAGAUGGCAAGUGUCUGCGUUGUGUCAUACACAUGCCAUGAUGCCGAAGUAACAUUACAAAUUCAAUCAAGCCAUCUUAAAUAAUCGGUGGUAAGUCAUAACUGGAGAUUACAUGGAUGAAGAAAACCCGAUUUAAGGUCUAAGGAUGCAUGUGUGGAUGAAACAAGAUUCAAGACCCCUUCCGUUGUUCAGUGCCAGUGCAACGACAAAGUAUUUUUCGUGGCAGCUGACCUCUUAAGAAUGUUACAGGUUACUGCUUUCUUAAAGUACUGAUGCAUAUGCAGAUGCUAGGUUGUAUAACCUUAUGGACAAACCGUUAUAGUUUUCGUGUAAAACUGCAAAUGCUUAUGUGCAUUAUUUAUUUCUUUUC